CAUGCCAACCUAAAAAAAGUAGCCUUUCCGGUCUCCACACCGCACGCCGCUUCACUCCACGGCGCGCACCACAUCGUCCCCGUCUUGCCUCCUCCACGGCGAGCGCGUGCCGCCGGCGGCCAUGGCCGCCCCGUGCGGGUCCAGCCGCGGCACCCUCCAGCUCCUCCUCAUCGCCCUCUCCGCCGCCUACCUCACCUACAGCGCCCUCCUCUCCUCCCGCUCCCUGCUCCCUCUCCCCACCGCCUCCUUCCCCGGCGCCACCGCCACCGCCGCCUCCUCCUCCCGCCGCCUCGCCUCGGGCGCCCGGCGGAGGGCGUUCCACACCGCCGUGACCGCGUCCGGCUCCGUCUACAACACGUGGCAGUGCCGGGUCAUGUACUACUGGUUCAAGCGGGCGCGGGAGGCUCCCGGCGGCGCCGAGAUGGGCGGGUUCACCAGGAUCCUGCACUCCGGGAGGCCCGACGCGUUCGUCGACGAGAUCCCCACCUUCGUCGCUGACCCGCUCCCCGCGGGCACGGAUCAGGGAUACGUUGUCCUCAAUAGGCCCUGGGCGUUUGUUCAGUGGCUUCAGAAGGCAGACAUACAUGAAGAAUAUAUCUUGAUGGCUGAGCCAGAUCAUAUUAUUGUCAAACCUAUACCGAACUUAUCAAGGGAUGGUCAUUCAGCAGCUUUCCCUUUCUUCUAUAUUGAGCCCAAAAAAUAUGAAAAUGUAUUGCGCAAAUUCUUCCCUGAACGAGAAGGACCAAUAACCAAAAUUGAUCCUAUUGGGAAUUCCCCGGUAAUCGCAAGAAAGGAAUCUCUUGCAAAAAUUGCUCCAACUUGGAUGAAUAUUUCAAUAGCAAUGAAGAAAGAUCCUGAAACAGAUAAAGCUUUUGGCUGGGUUCUUGAAAUGUAUGCCUAUGCUGUAGCAUCUGCUCUCCAUGGAGUGAGCAGCAUCUUACAUAAGGAAUUUAUGAUUCAGCCACCAUGGGACUUGGAAAUUGGUGAUGCAUUUAUCAUACAUUAUACUUAUGGGUGUGACUAUGAUAUGAAGGGUAAACUCACUUAUGGAAAAGUUGGAGAAUGGAGGUUUGACAAAAGAUCCUAUGAUAGUAAACCUCCUCCUAGAAAUUUGCCAUUGCCUCCUAAUGGUGUACCUCAAAGUGUGGUGACACUUGUGAAAAUGGUUAAUGAAGCGACAGCCAAUAUACCUGACUGGGAUUCUUAUGCGUCUUAGUAUCUGGUAUUCGGUUUGACAAUUUUGUCGGCCUUGUCUUCCAAUGAAAGUUGAUGCGUGAUAACAGAUCAAGCAUAGAAGUGAGUAACUGACAAUGCGGGGUGCAUACAGCUAUACAAGUUUAUCUAGGGUCACAGGUCACUGACUCUAUUCAUUUUUGCUUGGAUUUCCUGGGGCUCGUUUUGGUCUUGACGAAAAUCCAUACCAGUGCAAAGCAACAUGAUCCCCAUUUUUACUCAAGGUCUGGAACCCACGUACUGUAAUUAAUAUACUUCUGGUUGUUUUUUUCUGUGGCAAAAACUAGUCCUGAGUUAGAAGUGUACCGACGCUGAAUCCUGACUUCAUUCUGGUUUUCCUUUGGCAAAAGCCAUAGAUUGUCAUUUGUACUAGACAGACAAACGCUGUACUUGUUUUCUUUUAUUCAUCUGGAGGCCCCUGUGAUUUUUUUAUUAAAUGCACAUCUUUAUU